CUCAUCUGAUGCACCCCUCUUACUAUGGACUCAAGGUGGCCCGGGUUUAUCUGCACUGUUUGGCCUGUUUCUCGAGAACGGUCCCGUGGAUUUUAUUGGUUUCGGCUCAAACUACACUCCAAUAUUACAAAACAGAACUAAUACCUUACAAAAGAACAUGAGCGUCCUCUACCUGGAUCUUCCGGUGGGGGCUGGCUUCAGCUUCACAGGAGACGAACAAAACGGUUACCCAACAAGCCUCGAGGAAAUAGUAUUGCACGUGAAGGAAUUUUUGGACCAAUUCGUAAAAGUCUUCUCUGAAUAUGAAGGUCGGGACUUCUAUCUCGCUGGAGAAUCAUACGGAGCAAGGUAUUCCGUCGCUGUCGCCCACUAUUGGAAUAUUAUGAACUUGAGCGACUCAAAACUAAACCUCAAGGGGGUGAUUGGAGGCAAUGGAUUCCUCGGCCCUAUAUUUGAUUUAGCCGACUCCAGCGACUUCCUCUACCAGAUGUCGAUGGUCGACUCGAAAGGACGGACGGAAUUUAAAGAACGGUUUCAGCUCAUGAAAAGGCUGGCAGCGUCUGAAAAUGUUACCCAUAAAAUGUACGCACUGAUGCUGCUCACCAGCACUUUAUUUAUAAACGAUACGUCGCCUACGCUGUUUCAGAAUCUCACCUUAUACCAUGACCACGCAAGCCCCAUGUACACCCACAGACCAGUUCGAAUGCUAUACUGUGCUGGAUUUUUAAAUGACAGUGUAACCAAAGUAUUGCUGCAUGCUGGGGCGAACAACACUUUUCAAAUCAUCAAUGAAGUUAUGCUACAGACCUUUGCUAUCGACAGCUUGAGAGAUAUUAGCACCUUCAAUGAACAUGUACUAAACGAAUCUAGAGUGCUGUUAUACAACGGACAAAUGGACGCACUUUUUCCGUCGGUAAACCAACGGGAUUAUUAUCGAAGGUUGAACUGGACGUACGCAGAUGACUACAGAAAUGCUACUCGCUAUCCUUGGCAGCCGCAUCCCGGGUACUACGGCUUUGCUGGCUAUAAGAAGACAGUGCAUAAUUUCACAGAAGCUGUCAUAUUAGGCAUGAGUCACUAUGGUGCCGCAGAGAAACCUGAUGAACCAUACUUCCUGAUAACUCAAUUUAUUGCUAACUCAUCGAAAGGUGGAAGUGUUUAACCAACAUCUUGAAAGAGUGUAACACAGGAUACAUCUCAACAGUGAAAGAGGAACGAGCUCCACCUGUUACCCAGCAUCACACGGAAGUAUAUUGGUUGAAUAAAAUCUUGUUGCAGUAUUUUCU